AAAUAUCAGGCUCUACACAGCUCUCGCUCGCUCACCGAGAGUGACUGUAACUUGAUAGACUGAUUCCCUUCACCGUCCCUGUGCUCUUACCUCUGUCUCCACUCCCCUCCUGCCUCUCCAUCAUCAGGCCUUGCUCUCCUCCAACUCAUCGCCUCUUUCUCUCUCUCUCUCUCUCUCUCUCAGCUCAUCGCCAACAGAUGACGGCGGGGAGCAACGGUAACGGUAACGGCAACGGCAACGGAGUCCCGCUGGCGGUGAAGAAGGCGACCUCGAAAGACCGGCACAGCAAGGUGGAUGGGCGCGGCCGCCGGAUCCGGAUGCCGAUUGUCUGCGCCGCCCGGGUCUUCCAGCUGACCCGCGAGCUCGGGCACAAGUCCGACGGCCAGACCAUCGAGUGGCUCCUCCGCCAGGCCGAGCCCUCCAUCAUCGCCGCCACCGGAACCGGCACCACCCCAGCCUCCUUCUCGACCCUCCGUCACUCCUCCUUCGCCUCCGCCUCCUCCUCCGCCCCCCCUCUCGACCACAAACCCCAGCACCUCGCCCCCGCUCCCUUCAUCCUCGGCAAGCGCCUCCAGGCCGACGACGACGACGACGACUCCGCCGCCAAAAACGGCGGUGUCGGACUCGGGCCGAUGGGCGGUUUCUGGGCCGUGUCGGCCCGGCAGGACUUCGGGCAGCUGUGGAGCUUCGCGGCGCCGGAGAUGGUCGUGCCGCCGGCGUCGCUCUCCGGGAGCUUCGCCGCCGCCGCGCAGCCCGUCGGGGACGCGUCGGCGGCGAGGGUCGGGAACUACCUCCCCAUGGUGCAGGGCCACCUCAACCUCCUCGCCUCCUUGUCGGGCUCGCCGGCGGCGGGCAGGAGGGAGGACGAGCAGCCUCGCUGAUUGUUCUGGCGGACGUUCUGCACACCUAUCUUCCAUGGAGUCGGGAGGGCAAAAAAAAGAAAGAAAAAGAGGUUCAGGUUUGUGCACUUGGAACGACGUAGUUAGGGUUUUAUUGCUUUCCCUUUCUCCCUCUUUCUUUGUUUGUGCCUCGCCAUCCCAUCUUCUCCUCCUCUCUUCAUUGGACCCCAGAUUCUGGGAUUGAGAUGGCUCUCUCUCGAUCAAUCUCUCUCUUGUUUAAAGGAAAUAUUAUCGGUUUGGGAAAAGCUUCUGUGCUUGGCCAGUAAGUUCUCCACUUUCAAAGCUCCUUCUGCAUUCUAAGCCAGAAUUCUUGGGUCUAUCAGCAUGCAAGUUUCUGUAUGUAAUUCUGGACCGUUUGAGUGAUCGAGUGCAAAUAAAAAGUGCAGCUUUGUACCAAAAAAUAAAAAAAUAAAAAAGCGUAGCUGAUCUUGCUGCUGAACUUGGUUUUGCUCUCAGUAUCUAAUUAGUGUGAAUACAAAUCUGUAUUCUCUCUUCUUUUGCUUCUGUGUCUCGCAAAAAAAUAAAAGAUAAUCAUCAUCAUAUUCUAGUGUAGUUGAGCCUAUGUUUGGUAUUUUGAGUUUAAUGGAUUUAUACUGUUCAGCUUUGAGUAAA